CUUUGGUCGCCUCCCACGCAUUUUCGCAUCUACAAUAUCAGUGCCAGGUUCGCGCUGCUUUUCGAGGUGAUAGCUCGCCUUCUUGGCCCUCAUCGGCUUCGCUAAGCAGCUUGCUGUCUUUGUCACCGUCUCAGCUCUCUAACCGAUCGCUUGUGGUUCUGCAACUCGCUACAACGCGCUCGUAAUCACCGUUUACGUUGAAGCAUGUCGUUACAGCCGACAUUCGACAAUCCCACUGCGCUUCGGCGUUUCUUGCAGACGCAGAGCGUGGAUUUCAUUUGCCGCGACAUGAUGCCGAGCUUAUUGGCUGAGCUACGGCGUCUACCGUCACCUGGAGACGUCAAUGAGCCAGCAUUGGAGCAGACAGUACAUUAAUACCGAGUGAUAGCCACUUACCCCCCGUUACGAGAGACGCCUUCUUCGAGAGAUUCAAGCCCAAGAGCAGCACUCAGGUACUUUGCGGCUACUUAUUCCAGCGUAACGACAUCGUGUUCAACUGCAAGACGUGCCAGUCGGACGAGACGUGUGUGCUGUGUCUCAAAUGUUUCCAGAACGGCAACCAUGAAGGUCACGACGUCUUUUUCCACCGCACAAGUCCAGGCGGAGUCUGUGACUGUGGGGACAGCGAAGCUUGGGCGCCCGAGGGCUUCUGCGUGUACCACGGCCAAAGAGACGGAGAAGCAACAGCCAAUACUAACAGUGAGAGUGCUGGUUCAUUGCCCGAGGACAUCGUGCAAGUGGCCGAUGCUUUAUUCACGACAAUUGUGGAGUUUUGUGUCGAGAUGGCCAAGCGAUCCAUGCAGGUGUUUGAUGCUGAGUAUGUGGACGCACAGGGACGACAGACGCUGCAUGAAUUGAGGCUGAAAGUACAGGAACGAGGGUUUACUAUGGAGGACGCACAGAGGAUGGAGCGCCAGUUCCACGUGAGAAUCUGCAACGAUGACGUCCACUCGGACGAAGAUUUAAUCCGCUCGUUGUCACAGAAAAGGAUCCCGAGGGCGGAGGAUCUGGUACGCGCCAUUGACUCGAAUGGAUCGGAGAUUGUGGCCCAGAACUUGUCGCUACGAGACGCUUUGACGCUCAUGCAGGCGCUGCAGAGCGAGGGAUGGCAUGUGUGUGUGGUUCAGGACCGGUUCAUUCAUGAUGAAGACGUGUUGCUGCGUGUGGCGCAGUGGGUCAAGGUCAUCUGCUCGCUGUCCAAGCAGCUCCACGUGCUCUUUUGCGAUAAAUUGUUCGCUACGGACGGCCAGAGCAAAGAACCGAUCCAAGUCAUGUUCCUGUCGGACCCGUACUUCCGCAAAGAUAUCGUGUUGGAGCUGUACGAGUUGUACUUGAAGUUACAGGGAGAUAAAGACCCAAAGCUGCAGUUCUCGAUCGUCUUCCUCAAGGUUUACAACCGUAUGAUGCUGAAAUAUUUCUGUGGCGUCGGCACUCGAGAAGAAUCACUGUUCCAGUACGGCGUGCAGAUCCUCACGACGCCUUCGAUCGUGCACCAUCUGGCGAGCCUUGGUUUACUGGAUAUGCUACUGGAUACGAUCAAUACGGCGCUGGAAAUGGCGCGCACGCCGACUUUACCGCCACAUCAGCACCAGGGCGUCUGCCACACACUGGAUUGCGACCAUCCUCUGCUUAAAUUCAAGCGAUAUCAUUUCGUGAUCGAGAAUUUUGGUUAUGUAUUGGGCAUCCCGGCGAUGUCCAGUUCGUUGCUUCUGCGAUCCGAUUUGUUGGAGAAAUGGCUGGAUGCGCUCACAGAAAUCCAAGGGCUGGAUCCUCAGGUGCGGAUACAAGACGGACGAGCACACGUGACGUACGAGACGCAGUCAUGGCUUACAGCGUUCGCGUUCCACGCCAACGUGAGUAAAAUCCUUACAUUCAUCUCCAAGGGACUUCGCUAUCACGAAGCAGUAGAUACAGAUACUCGCAAUCGAGAUCGGGAGCGUAUGGUGUUUAAUAUGCUGGAGGGCUUUUGGGAUCAAUUGGAUCGGGCGGGGAUGGCCACAACUCGAUUGCAACUGUACAUUUCGCCGUGUGGGAGACUGAUGGGCUCGUCUGAGAAGAUUGUCAAGUAUGACGUGUCGACCCAACCUGUGUCAUUCCACAAUCCGCUUCACGGUCUGCUGGCCAGUUUUCUCAUUGAGAGUCUGUACUAUGGUCCGCCAGCGGCCCCUGGCAGUGCUGUUCCGUGGAUCACGGACUGGGGCGCACUGCUUGAACGCUCUAUGACUAAAGUGUUGCAGUUAAACGGGGUUGGCGGCGAGGAACACAACGAUUUUAUGCGACACAAGAGGACCAUGUUAAUUUAUGCGAUGAUGGAGUACCCGCUGCGCUCUCUGGUGCUGUGUGCACAGAUCAGCUGCGGACUUUGGAUCCGUAAUGGCCAGAACAUGCAGCGUCAGAUGCUGAAUUAUACGAGUCCGCCGUGGUGCAGCGAACUGCGAGACUUAGAUCUGUUCCUCGUGCAGGUGAGCGCGACGAUCGUGGGGUUCCCCAAGUUUUUGACCAUUUUCUUCGACCGCUUUGGCCUGUCCGAGUGGCUUCUAACAUGGGCAAACGUCCGCAAUGCUGGUGACGAGAGCUCUGGGAUCUCAGCUCGAGAGGCACUUUCCAGCGGUGCAGAGGACGAAAAACUUGUCGGAGUCUUGGAGGCAGCGCUGCUGCAGCUAAUCUGGAUCGUGACUGAGCUGACGCCCCCUUUGGAUGGAAUUGAGCAACGAGACACGGUCCUUCGUCGUGAGAUUAUCCACCGCCUAAGCCAGCAUCCAUGUCGACUGUCAGAGCUGCUGGACCAGACCACGUUUGUGGUUUCAACGCCGUUCGGUGGCAUUUCAGCUCGACAAGAGAAGCAGCACUUAACGCGGCUUGAACGGAUCUUGGACGAAGUUGCUGACGAGCAGGUGAAGCGCUCCGUGAUGGUGGCUCCUCUGGGCGAUGGCGCUGGCGACGAUGAUAGUAUGGGAGACGGAUCCAUGGAACCUACCAAGUAUAUCCUGAAGAAGGAGUACUUUAAGGAAUACGACCCGUCCUUCUAUCACUUGAGUCGCUCCAGUCACGAGAAAGCGCAGUUUGCAAGACAGGAAGCUUUAUUCAAGACGUGGAAGGUAGAAGACCAGCCUGUUCCGUUGGUGGCGCAAGUUCCACCUCCUCAUGUGUCGCUGGGAAGCGUGCGCUUUCUCGUGCUGGAGAAGGGACUGCUGGGUGUCUUGCGACUUGUGCUGGAGGAUGCCAACUGCCCUGAUGGCCACUGUGAAGGCACGAGUUGUACGCCUGGAGUCAAGAGGACCAACGUUAUGGUUUUACUGCGUGCUAUUCACUUGAUUAAUCUGGUCGUGCUUGUGCUAAAGCGUGGCGCUGGAGGAGCUACGUUGCCGCAAGAGAACGAGGUGGUGUUGUCCGAGAGCAAGAGACGUCAGACACUAGCGCUACUACGCAAUGGACCCGAAGCUUUUACAGAGUCUGACACAACGUCUCGUGGUAAGAAGCGAGUGAAGAGACAGCCGAUAUCCAGUGACGACGAUGUGCAGAUGAGUAGUGACGAUCAAGGCGACUUGAAUGACGUACAGGAGUUGAGUAUUGUUGCGUUACUAGUGGCUCUUUCGAAAGAUAUGGUGAAGCACGACUUUGAGACGUCAAAGUCGACGAUCUCGGCCAUUUAUUGGAUCCUGAACGAGUUGGCAGCGCUGGACCGUGCGAUUCAUGCGUUUGUGGAGCUUAAAGUGUGGAGUGGAAUGAAGAAACACGAGGAGUUGGUGGCUGAGAAUGGCAUGUCCAAGGCGGAGCUCAAGAAGCUGCACCAACAACGCGCGAUUGCAGCCAUGAUGGCACGUCAAAAGGCGUUUGCACAGUCCAGUGCCUUUGCUGAUAUGGACGACGAGGACGAGGUUGACGAGGACUCUGGUGGCUCUGGAUCUGGCAAGUUUGGAGUGGACUCAGAUGACGUUAGUGAACGUCCUGGACACACGAUCGUGUACCGGCCUCCACUACCGCCAGACUGCAUUAUCUGCUCGCAGAAGGAGAAGGACGAGCCGAUCAUGUACAUUGGCCACGCACAGAUGAGUCGAGUCAAUGCGCAUGCACUUGAAAACCUUCCUGGAGAUGUGGAGACUGCGGACGGAAGUAACAGCUCAUCGACUUCAGUGUUCCCGCCGCAGAUUCAUCUGUCGCUGUGCGGCCAUGCUGUACACUUGCAUUGUUGGCAGAAGUACUUCGAGUCGGUGAAAGCGCAGUCGCGGUUUAACCUCGAGCACAGCCAGACGAACAUUGCGUUCGACGCGCACUUUGGCGAGUUCCUGUGUCCGUUAUGUCAGGCUCUGAGCUCCAUGCUGGUACCGUGUUUGCCAAUUUGUCCGCCUUUAACGUCAGCAGACCAACAACGCGAUCGUGACGCUAUGGAGCGAGUCUUCCAGUCGAAACAGGAAACAUCCAGUAUUCUAUCGUGGUUAUCUGAUGGACUACCGAGUCGAUUGGAAGCGAUGGCCCCGCAUGACGAAGAUAUAAGUGACGAGGAGGAUGGAGACGAGAGAACGCGCCUGCAGCGUCAAGACGACAUUCGUGCUAUGAAUCAAUUCGCUGUGUCAUUCCUGGAGGUAAUGCUGCGCUUCCAACCUGAGAUGACGCAUCUGGCAACUGCCAUGAGUGCUCUCAAGAAGGGAUUCUUCUCUACUGGAGCGCAACUGACUCAUUUGAUCUGGUCUUCAGUAGCUUCGACGAUCACAAGCACUCAGUUGAGUGGCAUUUCUUCUGCUAUCUAUUCGUUUGAAGCGUAUGUAGCGUCAAAGAAUGCGAACAAGGGAUCCAACUGGAGAUCGAGUACUCGAGCGAAUGGAGGUACAGGCCCUGCCACGGCUGCGUCUUCCUUCUCGUCGUUGAGGAUCACCAACAUCUUGAACCCUGCGGUACCGUGUCUGAAUACACGCGUGGCCGUGUCAUUACCGGAAUCGCUCGACCCACAGCUGGACCAGUUCACGCCAAAAGACGACAGCAAGUUGAACGUGUUGCUUCGUUCACUACGGCGCAUGCCGUUGCUCUUCACCAACCGCCGUCGAGGAUUUUACGAGAGCAUGUGCUUCCCUAUAGCGCAGAAUCUUCGACUUGCUCUGUCACCCGAACAGUGGCUCGAGACGUUGACGCACGGACCACCACUGCAGCUAGGACAACCCAUUUUGGGCCAGGAUUUGUUCUACCUGUGCGUCGCUAUCUGUAGCAGUAUGCUGACGACCAAGGCAGAUAUCCUGCUCACGAUUCGCUCUCUGUGUGUUUUGCACAUGGCUCAAGUGCUUAUCCAGUUAGCUCAAAUGGAGGCUGAAGAUGAAGACGAUUGUGUCGAGGAAGAGCAGAACGAGGCGGAGAGAAGACGUGCCACCACGACUGAUGAUGCCUCACUGGAGCAAAGGGAAGAGAUGCAGCGUGGACUGGAGACACUGAUAGCUCGGCUCGCACUAGAAGCUGGCGUGAAUGUCGUAGAUCAAGGCGACAAGGACGAGGACAAUGCUGCGUCUUCUAGUCGACGUCCAGCUCCGCAAGGACGACAGCUGCAACUGCUGUUUAAGUCGUCGUGUCUGGCAUUCAUGAGGCAAGUGACGCUGCUGUGUCGUGCAUUCUUCCGAGGUGAACAGGACCCCGAUGCCUCGUGGAGUGCCAACUUUGUAAGUUCGUUACGGCUUAGCACAAACUACCACGACAUGUGCCAGCAAUUGGGACUGCCAAGAAUUACUCAGUUGCUGGCGGACGAGGCGCUGGUAGAGUAUCUGUUACGAGCAGCUCGUGAGCUACGUGUUCGUCCUACAAGUGCCGCUGUAUCUGAGGAGCUACAGACUCGCUACAAGCAACAUGGCCACUCUGAUCUGCUUGUCGCUGAGCUCCAGAAACUCAGUUUUAACGAGGGCAAGCAUGACGCUACAGAUCGGGAAGUUCUGAUCGCGCGAAGUAAUUUACGGGAGAUGCCGAAGCUUCCACUCCGUCUAGAGCCGGACGCACAGCAACACAAGAAUUUAUUCCACUUCGCUAAUAUCCGGUUGGUCAAGCUAGCGUCGUCGUACACUGAUCUGCACUCGGAGGUACUGGGUAAGAGCAAGUGCAAGCAGACGUGGAAGACCGUCGAGAAUCCGGCCAUUUGCCUUGUGUGUGAGCAGGUUUUAUGUGCCGGAACGGAAUGCUGUCGACGACGCAGUGACGGCAUGGGCGCCUGCACACACCACGCCAUCACAUGUGGCGCUGGCGUUGGAUUGUUCUUCCUCAUGCGAUCAUCGUCAGUGCUGCUCGUGUUUGGCCCAAGGAGUUCGUACUUCGGAUCGCCGUAUCUCGACAUGUUUGGUGAAGAAGACAUUAAUGUGCGUCGUGGUCGGCCGCUGUAUUUGAAUGCUAAGCGGAUGAAGGCCUUACAGGCCCUAUACGCCAACCAUCAGCUAGCCAACGAGGUGGCACGUAAUCGCCGUACCUCAGACCAGUACAUUCGCAAUAACUACUACUGAGUAGACAGUGAGAAGAACAUAAAAGUCAGGUAGUUGAUUCAAGCAGCUGUAAAUGCAAUAAUCUGUAUUGGUUUCGAAAAAAAAAUCUGUGAAAGAACAUGAAAGUCCAUUUUUUAAUGGCCAUUCCACAGGUAUUUUUUACAUAUGUAGAUCCG